AUUUAGGCGAGUUGCAGAACCUGCUUAGUGUAAACCAUAGACUAUGUUGUUGCAGACUUUGGAAAGACAUGUGGCAAGUUAACUACUGAAGAUGUGUUAUGAUUGUGUGGAACUGUCAACUUACAGCAAUAAGGAUUUAAAGAAAUUUUACGUUAUGUUAAAUGAAAGACGGUGAAAGAUGGCCUUUCUAGAAGAUACCUUUGUCAUUUUGAUUACCCAGCUUUUCUUCUUCUUCGGAGGAUGGGUUUUCUUUGUAAAGAAACUCUUUCGGGACUAUGAAGUUCAUCAUAGACUUGUACAGUUAAUAUUUUCAAUAACUUUUUCAUUGUCCUGUACCAUGUUCGAAUUGAUAAUAUUCGAAAUAAUAGGAGUUCUUGACUCUAGCUCUAGAUAUUUCCAUUGGAACGCAGGCCUGUAUAUGCUCCUAUUUAUGGUAAUAGUUUUGAUACCAUUUUACAUAGCAUACUUCAUCAUCAGCAACAUUCGAUUUGUAAGACUGAACCUAAUCAGGCCACUAACGAUCGUGAUCUACUUAUUCUACCUCUACUUAUUUUGGAAAGUUGGUGAUCCUUUUCCAAUAUUAAGUCCAAAAAAAGGAUUGCUCUCGAUAGAGCAGGGUGUCAGCCGAAUAGGUGUUAUUGGGGUUACAGUAAUGGCAUUGUUGUCUGGUUUUGGUGCUGUAAAUUACCCUUAUUCGUCCAUGACAUAUUUCAUGAGACCAGUAUCCUACGCAGACGUUCAAUCCACAGAGCGUCGUCUUUUACAAACAAUGGACAUGAUUGUGGCAAAAAAGAAAAGAAUUGCCUUAGCAAAAAAGGGCGAAGUUCCUGGACAGACCGAAGUCCGUUCUCGACUUUGGGGAAUGCUUUCACCAUUAGGAGUUAACAAAGGAAACCAAGAAAAUCUAAAACAACUCCAACAAGAAGUAGCUGGUUUGGAAGAGCUGUCAAGACAAUUAUUCCUCGAAGCUCAUGAUAUACAGAAUGCCAGAGAGCGACUGGAAUGGGCAGCCACAUGGCAGGGAAAAUAUUUCAAUUUCCUUGGAUAUUUCUUUUCAAUUUAUUGCACGUGGAAAAUAUUCAUUUCGACGAUAAAUAUCGUAUUUGAUCGAGUGGGCAAAAAAGAUCCUGUAACAAGAGGAAUAGAAAUAGCUGUCCAUUGGAUUGGUUUUAAUAUCGACGUAACAUUUUGGUCACAACACAUAUCAUUCUAUUUAAUUGGUUGCAUUGUCGUCACCUCAAUUCGUGGACUUUUACUUACAUUGACGAAGUUUUUCUACGCCAUUUCUAGCAGUAAAUCUUCAAACAUUAUUGUGCUUAUUCUCGCUCAAAUAAUGGGUAUGUAUUUUGUGUCGUCAGUGUUAUUGAUGAGAAUGAAUAUGCCAGCCGAGUAUCGUAUAAUAAUAACGCAAGUGCUAGGAGACUUGCAAUUCAAUUUUUAUCAUCGAUGGUUCGAUGUAAUAUUUCUAGUGUCUGCAUUGUCCUCAAUAGUAUUUUUGUAUCUGGCACACAAGCAAGCCCCGCUGGAGCGUAGUUAAAUAAAUGUUCUACAUGAAACAAA